UCCCUGUGUACCUGUAACUGUACUGGUAGUGGCAGCGGCGAUUCCGUUUCAGUGCUACGCCGCGGCCGCGCGGAGGCCGGUGGUUGGGCCAGGUCGCCGCGAUUAGUAGUACCAGCUUACCACUCGGGCACUCCCACUACCACCACCACCACACAAACCGAACCUACCCACGUCGGGAGCAAGGACAAUCGGCAGACGGCAGGGGAGCGUGAGCAGCCGCAGCAGCCAUGGUGCUCUCACACGCCAACUCCAUCGGCCGGGACGACGCCGUGGCCAGCACCUUCGCGUCGCGCUACGUGCGGGAGCUGCUGCCGCGGUACCGGAUGCCGGAUCGGUCGAUCCCGCGGGAGGCGGCGUUCCAGAUCAUCAACGACGAGCUGAUGCUGGACGGCAACCCGCGCCUGAACCUCGCCUCCUUCGUCACCACCUGGAUGGAGCCCGAGUGCGACAAGCUCAUCAUGGGAUCCAUCAACAAGAACUACGUCGACAUGGACGAGUACCCAGUCACCACAGAGCUCCAGAACCGUUGCGUAAAUAUGAUAGCUCACCUGUUCAAUGCACCGAUUAAGGAGGAUGAGACGGCUGUUGGAGUUGGAACAGUGGGAUCCUCAGAAGCAAUUAUGCUUGCAGGCCUAGCAUUCAAGAGGAAAUGGCAAAACAGGAGGAAGGAACAGGGGAAGUCAUAUGACAAACCCAACAUUGUCACUGGUGCUAAUGUUCAGGUUUGCUGGGAGAAAUUUGCAAGAUAUUUUGAAGUAGAGCUAAAGGAGGUUAAGUUAUCUGAAGGAUAUUAUGUCAUGGACCCUGUCAAGGCCGUUGAGAUGGUGGAUGAGAACACUAUAUGUGUUGCGGCCAUCUUGGGAUCUACUCUCACCGGGGAGUUUGAAGAUGUUAAGCUAUUGAAUGACCUUCUUACAAAGAAGAACAAGGAAACUGGGUUGGAUGUGCCGAUUCAUGUUGACGCUGCGAGCGGAGGAUUCAUAGCGCCUUUCCUCUACCCUGAGCUUGAAUGGGACUUCAGGCUACCGCUAGUGAAGAGCAUCAAUGUCAGUGGGCACAAAUAUGGGCUUGUCUACGCUGGUGUUGGUUGGGUAAUUUGGAGGAGCAAGGAAGAUUUGCCUGAAGAGCUCAUUUUCCAUAUAAACUACCUAGGGACAGACCAGCCUACAUUCACGCUCAACUUCUCUAAAGGUUCUAGUCAGAUCAUUGCACAAUACUAUCAGCUCAUUCGCCUAGGCUUCGAGGGGUACAAGAACAUAAUGCAGAACUGCAAGGCGAACGCUGCCGUUCUGCGGGAAGGCGUCGCGGCGACUGGCCGGUUCGACAUCCUCUCCAAGGAGACCGGCGUGCCGCUGGUCGCCUUCUCUCUCAAGGACAGCAACCAUUUCAGCGUGUUCGACAUCUCCGAGAACCUGCGGCGGUUCGGCUGGAUCGUUCCGGCGUACACCAUGCCGGCCGACGCGGAGCACGUGGCGGUGCUCCGCGUCGUCAUCAGGGAGGACUUCAGCCGGAGCCUCUCCGAGCGGCUCGUGAACGACAUCCAGAAGAUCCUGCGCGAGCUGGACGCCCGCGCCACCCACGCCGUGCGGGUCUCCAGCGCCACCGCCGCGCAGUCGGACGACGGCGUCGUGGCCAAGAAGAGCGUCCUAGAGAUCGAGCGGGAGGUCGCCGCGCGAUGGAGGAACGCCGUGAACAAGAAGACCGGACCGUGCUGAUUGGCGCGUGGAGGAGGAUGUGAUCCGGAGGUUUCGCCACGACGCCUUCGGUCUUGAUGUGCUUGUGUAUCUAUCGUAGACGCUUGUCUGCGUGGUCCAAUUCCGUGUGGCGGGCGCCUUUGGGGUUGGGGCUGGGGCUGUCUCACUGUGUUUGCUGUAGUCUUGCUACGUAACUCGAUGUAUUCGUGUGGCAUUUCGAUCUGGCUGUUUAUGUUUGAGACGACAAUAUGUUCAGGAUCGAACCAGAAAUAAAAAUGGCUGUAAAGGUUGGAAUUGUGCAUAAUGAGGCAGGGGAAAAGGAGAAAGAAUUCUAUGUUUA